UACACUCUAAUGGUGCCGUAGGUGCUUUAUUUUAUGCAGUAGGUGCAGUCGCGCAGUUGUUAAACGUCGUUGGUCAUGGCGGUAUUGUUGCUGGAACCCUUCUACGGUGGGUCGCACCGACAGUUGAUGGAUCUGCUAAGCGUGGAGCUGGGACCGCAGGGAUGCCGCUUGGUCACGCUGCCGGCCAACAAGUGGCACUGGCGCGCGCGCACGGCAGCCCUGUGGCUCGCCGAACGCAUCGAGCCGUCCAACGGCUACCGCGUGCUGAUGGCCAGCGGCACGCUAAACCUGGCCGAGCUGCUGGGGCUGCGGCCAGACCUGUCGCCGCUGCGCAAGUUGCUCUACAUGCACGAGAACCAGCUCGCCUACCCGGUGCAGAAAGAGCAGCAGCGCGAUUUCCAGUACGGCUACAACCAGGUGGCGUCGUGCUUGGUAGCUGAUGUGGUGCUGUUCAACUCUUGCUUCAACCGGGACUCGUUCCUGUCAGCUGUGGAGCCAUUCCUGAACCGUGUGCCAGGUGCAGGCCACCUGGGGCCACUGCGGUAUCGCCUGGAGGCCAAGGCGCAAGUGCUGCCCUUUCCGGUGGACGUGCCACUUGCCCCAGCGCUGUGCAGGGACCCUGCAGCACCCUUGCACAUUGUCUGGCCUCACCGAUGGGAGCAUGACAAGGGUCCUGAAGAGUUUGUGCAAGCACUGCUUGAACUGCACCGACUGGGCCUGCGCUUCCAAGUCUCCUUCCUGGGGCAGCAGUUUGACCAGCUGCCUCCAUCUUUGGUUGGAGUCCGGGACGAACUGGGAGACCACAUCCAGCAGUGGGGCUCCCUGCCGGACCGGGACCAAUACCUGGCCCUGCUGUGCAAGGCUGAUGUGGUUGUUUCCACGGCCACCCAUGAGUUCUACGGGGUUGCCAUGUUGGAAGCAAGCCUGCUUGGCUGCUACCCACUGUGCCCAAAUCGGCUUGUCUACCCGGAGAUCUAUCCUCGUACACAAAGGAUAUCGAUGCAUUCCUUGAGGGCCAAAGAAGCAUGCUGCCUCUACAACACUUGGCGGCAGCUGGUCAAGCGGCUACACAGCUUCUGCCUACAACCCGAGGCUGCCCGAACGAUGGCCCCCAAGCUGGAUCGCAGCCGUUUCACUUGGGAGUCACUGCGGCCAUGCUAUCGGGAACUGCUGCUGCCGCCGCCUGAUGAGCCCAGCGGAUGACAAUGCCUUUGGCCAUGUCAUGUGACCUGUGUUGAUGAUUUGGGAUGAACGGUGCGAUCGUGGUGACCUCAUCGUGCAAGGAAAUGCAAUUGUAAAAAGAGACACAGCCAAUAAAGCACACUAUCAAAGAACUGUAA